CAACACACGACUGACACCAGGCACAGGAGUUUGCGACCACUACCAACUCCUAGGUACCUAGGGUACGUUGUGCCGCCCACUUACCAACUUAGUUUCUCUCAGCCUCUUCUCUCUCCUCCGCUCACCACACGCGCACACCAGCACACCAGCACACACCAUGCUGCAUCAUGGACCUUGCGCACCCCCCCGCCGGGAAAAGUCCCAUAUUUUUCCCCUGCGGGAUUAUUCACAUGCCGUCGUUCCCAAGCGGGUGCACGGUUGUACAGCUUAUCCCUACCCUUGUCUCUCUCACACUCCAUCUCUCUGAUCCUCGUCUCCAGCGAGAUGUGUGUGUGUGUGUGGCCCGUACAUCGUGUGUGCAUGGCUACAAAGGUGGUCCAAAGUGCCACCACCCGCCAGUCUUUACAUCGUUCCCAUGUCAGUGCUGCUGCAAGUGCCGCAUCCGAGAAACCAGGCACAGUCGGCCUACUGCGCUUCCCACACAUACUGCUGCAGGCUCAUACAUAACCCAUCGUCGCUGUCCGUCUUCCUGUCUGAUCCCGUUCUCCGAGAGCCUCUUGCAAGAGACCCCGGCCCUUCGUCUUCCCGUUCACGAAGGUCUCUGAUAUCAACCGGCUCCCAAUCCAACACCGGAGUCGUCGAACCCGACUUGACCUGGCCAAGAGGAGCACAAAACGAGGGACCAUCGCCCCCGCCACCACCGGAGGACCCAGUCCUGACUCCGGAAAUCCCAACCCAGGAGCCUCCUCCACCGCCUCCUCCUCGUGAAGAGCCGCCGCCGCCGCCACCGACCCCGGAAACUACGGCACUAGCCGGAGCUGGAAAGUCAUCAACUUCGCCAUUCAUUCCCGUACUUUCUACUUCAGGAGCAUCUGGACCUGCUUCAGUAACUUCCUCCCCGACGCCGACACGCUCGUUUCCUCCGCCAUUCGUUCCACAGUCGAGCACGCCUGCUUCCAACUUCCCGCAGCCGUUUCCUAAGCCGAGCCCGCCACCCAGGUUGCCUCAGUCAAGCUCACUGGCACCCGUGGUCAUUGUAGUUCCAGCACCGACGUCGAAGCCGCAGAUCCAGGUGCCACCCGUUGCUCAGCCGACUGAUGCCGGCAGCAGACCCCCGUCGUUCUUGGCGCCAGCUGCACCUAGCUCAACAUCACUGACGGACCAGCACGGCGCCAUGGGCGGCAACAACUCCCAGGGAAGUGAUGGCAACCAAAGCCUCGUCGUUGCUCUCAGCAGCGUCUUUUCAGUGCUCGGUGUGGUCAUCAUCAUAGGGGCAAUUUGCCUCUGUUACCGUCACCGCCAUGGCCGCCUCCCGUUUAGUCGCCGGGGUAACAAGCCCAUCGACGAUGAGGAGAUUGAGUCUUGGAAGGCUUGCCGGACGAUUGAAAAGUGCACUACAAUCGUUGUCGACGAGCAUAACAAGCAUGGCUCGUCUGACUCCGUCCGCAAGCCAGCCAGCGUCAUCGUCUAUCAGAACCACGGCCAUUACCAACCUCGCGUUUCGACUGACACGGCCUCGCGCUCUAUCCACCACAAACGGAGCAUGGACAAGAAGAGCAUUGAACUUCCGCAGACCCCCGUCCUCGCAAGAGCCCCUAAUGCCCGUGUUGGCCUCACGGAUGACACCAUCGAAGGUGACCUUGCCUUCCUCCCUUCUCCGAAACGCCGAAACUCGAGGCUAUCCAAGCUGCCGCCGUUGUCCCCUCGUCACGGCAGACAUCGAAGCUCCCGUAGCAGCGCCAGCGUCGGUACUCUACGCGAUCACUGGUACGGCUACUACACCGAUAUGGAGCUGUCACCGCGCGCAUCUACAGAUCAUUACGACCACAUGCCCUCCUCUGCGCACUCAGAUGGCAAGCACCAACACGUCUACAUGUCUUCCUCGAACCCUCCUAGAUUAUCACUAGAUGACGAGUUCUAUCUGGGUGGACUUUCUCCCCGUCCUCUUCUUCGGCAAUCAGAAAUUGGACUCGCCGUAGGUUGAGGCGAGGACCAACGACUAGAACAUGAGGCGGUGGCUACGCUGGUUCAUGGAGGGACUUGCCACCCGACUCCACCAUCCGUUGCAACCAACCAUUUCAAUUCUUACAGCAAUAUUUCGGAAACCUUGCAGAUGAUAACAUACGACACACGCUAAGAUAUUCCAUCUGUUUCGGCCUUCGCACUUUUCCCGCAGGUCUGGGAGAUUGCGUGUGCGGGGUGCCGUUGAGCAUCCGAUUCACGCCUCAAUGGAUGGUAGCUUAUUACAACAACCCCUUACGACAUUGAAACCACUAUCAUGACGUGGUGUGUGAGAUUGGUCUAAUCGUUCCGGGACAGUGGCAACCUUCCUUCCCGCUGUUUUUGUCGAGCAUCUUCCUGAUGCCAUCCACGGGGGUGUCGAAGACUUGGCGUGCGCAUGUCACUACUAGUCAAGCCCCUUUCAUUAUGUUCUUAGCUGAAAAAGCAUACUCGCUUCACCAUGUCCAUAUGGACAAGAAGCAUCGAUGUCUGGAACGACGUCUUUUUCUUUGUGGUCUCUGGAACACCGAUCUUGGAGCACCACAUUUGGGAAUGGUGAUGGAUAUACCCACUUGACGAGGACGAUCUAUUACAGCUGCGACGCAGCGCUGUCGUCGACAAUUCCUUUUAUUUUACCUUCUUGAAACUUAUUCCUUAGCAAGACCUGGAUCUUAAUUGAAUGAGCACGUCCACUCGCAACAAUCUGACGUUUUGUCUGCUUCGCCGUCGUGGUACCUGUGACUAAAUUACGAGAUGGCCUGCGGGCUCUUUACCAACUAUGGCAGCAGCCGCAACCGAUGUAGGAAGUCCCAGAAGGGGGGGUUCGUGCGCAAUCCGUUCCCGUUAUGUCACUUAUAUUGGCAAUGUCCGUCGUCGUAGCGUCGAUGUAGACGGAGUACAGAAUGCUCGGCUGUAUCCAGGAGCCUCCAGAAGAGAAAACCGAUUAUAUCAAGAAGCUCGUGUGUGUGAGAGAGU